AGAAGCCUUUUCAGCCAACCCGAGUAGGCCAGUCGUGACGCAAGCAGCCUGCUGGAACUACUGCCUAUUAAAACGCAAUUCUUCCCAUCGAGAAAGGUACUUCAACAUUCCCGAGGGGAGCUAACAACGAGAAAGCGGUGCCCUCAACGGUUCGGCUAUGAUGACUGCACAGACCAUUGCCCUGCUGGGCCUCAGCCUGGGACUAGUAGUGAGCGCCCUCCCCACGCAGCAGCCCGAGAAUGGGAAGAACUGGGUGCUGAUUGUGGCUGGAUCCAACGGCUGGUACAACUACAGGCAUCAGGCCGAUGCCUGCCAUGCCUACCAGAUCGUGCAUAAGAACGGGAUUCCUGACGAGCAGAUCGUUGUGAUGAUGUAUGACGACCUGGCACAGAAUGAGGAUAAUCCCACCCCUGGAGUUGUGAUCAAUCGGCCCAAUGGGACGGACGUGUACGCCGGAGUCCCGAAGGACUACACUGGAGAAGCGGUGACCCCUGAUAACUUCCUGGCUGUGCUGAAGGGCGAUGCCGCGAGUGUCAAAGGGGGUUCUGGGAAAGUGCUGAAGAGCGGGCCCGACGACCACGUGUUCGUGUACUUCACCGAUCACGGAGCGCCGGGAAUACUGGCGUUCCCAGACGAUGAACUCCACGUCAAGGACCUUAUGGACGCCAUCACAUACAUGCGUGAGAACAAGCUGUACAAGAAGAUGGUGUUUUACAUUGAAGCUUGCGAGUCUGGCUCGAUGAUGAACCACCUUCCCACUAACAUUGAUGUAUACUCAACCACAGCAGCUAACCCUCAUGAGUCAUCCUAUGCCUGUUACUAUGAUGAGAAGAGGGACACAUACCUGGGAGACUGGUACAGUGUCAACUGGAUGGAGGACUCUGAUGUGGAGGACCUGAACAAGGAGACCCUGCUGAAACAGUUUAAAAUCGUGAAGAGUCAUACUAACACCAGCCACGUCAUGCAGUACGGGAACAGGACCCUGGCCCACAUGAGGGUGAUGGAGUUCCAGGGGAGCUCUAAGACCGGCGCCAGGCCUGCCUCCCCGAUAACGCUGCCCCCGGUGGCCGAGCCUGACCUGAUCCCCAGCCCCGACGUGCCUCUGGCCAUCCUGAAGAGGAAGCUGAUGGCUACCAACGACAUCGCCGCUGCCAGGGGCUACCUGAUGGAGAUCAAUGCCCACCUGAAGGUGCGAGAAGUGCUGAGGGAGACGAUGCAAAGGGUGGUGGAGAAGGUGACCGGGGAUGAGGAGCAGGCCCAGAAGGUCAUGAGCGAGAGACAGGAGCUCAGUCAGCACGAGUGCUACAAGGGAGCCGUGCAGCACUACAAGACGCGCUGCUUCAACUGGCACACGCCUGAGUACGAGUAUGCUCUGAGGCACCUGUACGCUCUGGUGAACCUGUGUGAGGAGGGAUACCCUGCAAAGAGGAUCCUGAUGGCCAUGGAUAGCGUGUGCUACUUCAGGGUGUAGACGGGACGCUCAUCCGGACAGAUCGGUGGGGCUGCCUUGACAUACCUGCUUUUUUUGCACUGAUAAGCAAUCGAGUUUUAAGCGAAUGAUUUUCAUUACAGUUUUUUUGUUUUGUUCUGUUUUAUUGAGAUUUUAGGCUUGUUUUUAUAUCGGUUUCACUACUUCUUCACAACGGAAUUUAAUUUUAAUUGAAUAAUCUACGUGUAGAUUUUUACCACACAUUUUAAAAAAUCGUGAAUAAACCCAAGUCUUGUCAGCAGCUGAGGGGGAAAUGGUCCCCUCGGUCUGAGGUGCUGGUGGGGGGCCCAGAGUGCAGGACUGGGCAGUAUGUCUGUUAAACAUUAUGCAACACGAUACUCCAGACCUGCACAGGGGCUGAGCCCCAUCCGCCCAGGAGACCCCUGUUCAGUGCACUUUAGACAUCAGGCAUGUUGGCUGUCUACUCUGUGUGCAACUCCCUUGUACAGAUGAGUUACUGUAGUGUCUGUUUUACUUCACUGGAGGUGCUGGGCCUUCAGCCCACUCUUAUGACGGGGAAGGACCCCCUAGUCCAGUCGCCUUCAUUGUUUUGGGGGGGGGGUGUGAAUUCGUGUUGAAUUCACUUCAUGGAAAAGUGAUGUUUACAGUUUUAUUGUGUUGCCUGGGAUGCACUACUGAGGACUGUGGAGAUCCCCCCUCCCUAUCUCUGUAACCCCC